AUGACGGUAGACAACUCGUGAAACUGAUUGGUGAAUUUUGCUAAACGUCAACAGAAGUUUUGCUUGUCUGCUGUGACAGCGGCAUCACAACAAACGGUUGUGUGCUUGACAGUUAGGAGCAAGAAGAUGCCGAAUGAGGCCGAGGAAGAUAUAUUUGCAAAUUCAGCCAAGAAUGUGUUCGGUGAUGACACAUCCUGUUGCUACGAUCUGCCUCCAGAUCUGGAAGACUUGUUGCUUUUUGGCAACAAUGUGAAUCUUCUUGAUGAAAUUGCCGCACUUGCGCAAAUAAGCGAAGAGGAGAUAGAAAAUUUGGCAUCAGGUGGAGAUAAACAGAUUUCACCGCUUUCCCAAGCAUCUGAUACUGGAGACUCGAAUGGUGACAAUCAGAAACAAAAGCCUGUUCCCUGUCCUUUAUGCUCUAGACCUUUUUUAAACAGAAGUAGUUUGACUUAUCAUAUUCGCACUCACCUCGGAGUGCACCCAUUCCAGUGCAGAUACUGCUCCAAAGGCUUUGUGCGCAGAGAUACCAUGCUAGUGCAUGAGACAGAGCACACAGGCAUGAAACCGUUUGUUUGUGAUUCGUGCAAUAAAUCUUUUCCAACCAUGGCUGUGCUCAGGAAGCAUGCUGCUACACAUGCAGGGAAGAAACCUCACACCUGUGAUGUUUGCCACAAGAAUUUCAGCUCAAGAGGUAACCUGAAUCAGCACAUGAAAAAACACACGGCUGUUAGGCCAUUUUCUUGUCAACAAUGCUCAAGAAGUUUCGUAUUUAGGGGUGACCUGCACGUACAUCUCAAAAUGCAUGCUGGAAUCAGGCCACACAAAUGUAACUACUGUUUAAAGACAUUCAGCAGCAAAGGUAACCUCAACCAACAUCUUAAGAUGCAUUCAGAUUCAACAUCUUAUGUUUGCACUACAUGUUCCAAGGUCUUCACCAUAAGAUCAUGUUUUGAGGAGCAUAUGAAAGGUCAUGCAGCUGUCAAAACUGAAGAAAAAUCUAUAAAAGAUUGUGCUGCUGUGAGUCAAGAGGAACAUAUAAAAGAUAAGACUGAAUAA